CCAAAACUGCGAACCAUGAUGCAGUAUCAUUCUUGAAUCUCAAGUUGUAGAACAUCUCUCACAAAAUGAAAUCCUUGUUGAUCAUCGGACUGGGCAUGUGCCUGAUGGCCGUUGCUUUCGCGGCUCCAGCUUCCAUUCUACAAACCAUACUGUCGGACAUUACCACAGGCGUUAGCGAUGUCCUUAGUACUCUGCAAGGGCAAAUAUCAACUCUGAACAGCACGGUUAACGGACUGCUUAGUCAACUUGCCAAUGCUCUAUCCAGUGGCAUCUCAUCUGCAAAUACUCCAUUGAACACAGUGCUGUCCAAUGCUCAGGAAGCUCUGCAAAACGCUCUAACCGCUCUGACUAGUAUUGUCACCAAUGGACUAACUCAAGUGUCCUCUAGUCUUACCACAACACUUAAUGCUCAUGCUGCUCAACUGUUGGCCGCUUUAUCCGACUUGAACACCGAACUAACUCAAGUUUUGGUUGCUGGCAAUAGCGUCUCGUUGGAUCUGAUCUACAAACUGGGUAAUGCAACGGCCAAUUUGAAUACGGCCACUGCGGGUGUGGUCUCGCACGUUGACACCGUUCUUGGUACCUUGCUCAACCUGUUGAACCCGUUUACCAAUUUCUUUGGUUAGAAUUCUAGCAUGCUGCCUGAAUGUCAUUUGGAAAUAAAGAACAUAUGUAUCUACUAUAAA